ACCCUAACAGCUCUUUCCAUAAAACGGUAAAAAGGAAGAAGAAAUUUUUUCUCUCCCUAACAUAAUGCCACCUCGCGAUGAAGACGACGGAGAGGAAUUCUCUGACAGCGAGAAUGACGAAGGUUUUGAUGAGGAGGAAAGGGAAGCUAUAAGGAGAGCCUGUAUGAUCACAGACACCGAUCCCAACGACCUCGAUAACAGCGACAAACUUCAACUGACUGUCGGAGCCGAUUCCUCUGGCGGCGCCGAUGCAGGUUUCUGGAGUUCCGAUGGCGAAGAGGAUCUUGAAUUGGUCCGGAAAAUUCAGAACCGGUUGGCGUUAUCGGAUGAUUCGUGCCAGCCUUUGUCUUUGAAGGCUUUGUGUACGCUUCCACCGGUUCUUUCGGACGAUGAUGAAGAGGAUGAUUUCGAGACUCUUCGCAUUAUUCAGAGGCGCUUUUCAGCUUAUAAUUCAGCUGAUACUACAAAAAGCAGGAGGAAGGAUUCUUUACAGACUCCAAAUCAGGUUCUUGCAUCUAGUGUAGCAUCAGAGAAUGAGACUUCCAAUAAUUUAUUUGUAAAUAGAAUUAAUGCUUGUGAAGGGUUUCCAGAUUCUGAAGAAGCUUGUAACAACCACCAUUUAUUGAAGGACAAUGUGGAGACACUGCCUUCUUGUUCCAGUCAGUGGCAACAGUCUGAAGAAUAUAAUAUGUCUAUUGUGUCACAAAAGGAUUCUAACUUCCCAAAAUCUGCUCAGGUGUUUAUUGAUGCCAUUAAGAAGAAUAGGUCCUAUCAGAAUUUUAUCCGAAGUAAGUUGACUCAGAUUGAAUCAAGAAUAGAGGAGAACAAGAAAUUGAAAGAACGUGUAAAAAUUCUGAAAGACUUUCAGGUUUCUUGCAGAAAAAUAACUGGUCGAGCAUUAUCCCAGAAGAAGGAUCCUCAUGUCCAAUUAAUUUCAUCGCAGAAGUUAAGGAAUUCUAAUGACCCAGAGGUUAUUGAUAAAAAGUCCUCUGCUAUUCACUAUGGCCCAUCAGAAAAUUCUCAUGUUUCUAAGUACAGACUGGCCUUGUCAAAAUAUCCACUUUCAUUGCAUCGGAAAAAAUGGUCAAAGACAGAAAAGGAAAAUCUUGGAAAGGGAAUAAGACAGCAAUUCAAUUAA